UCUUCAGAAGGAAAAAAAAAGAAAAGAAAAGAAAAAAAAACAUAACAAAGCAAAACACUAAAUCUAAGCAUUUGUUCUCUACAGUGUUUUCCAUGCUAGCUAAACCUGGCAACAGCCUGCCCAAGAGUUAAGGAAGAGCCAAGGGGGCUCUUGCCAAAAUAUUCUGCAGCUGUUAAGCAUUUUAACAAGGAAGACUAUGUAGCAAUGUGGGUGAUUUUGAAGGGCAGAAGGGGGUAGAAGUAGUCCUUGUGCAGUCUACUUAGAGAGCCAAAUAUUAACUAUGUGAGGUGUCCUGAAAUUAAAAGUUAAAAAUAAAUUGUAUGGAAUAGGAAUGAUUUAUAAAUUCUGGCCAUGCUAUUCUAGAUUGGCCAAGACUUCUCGGAGCAGGUAGGAAUUGAGCUGGGCAUGGAAAUACGGAUAGGAUUUGUGUCGGGUAUGGAAGAAAGGCUAUUUCAUGUGGGGGGUACAGGAAGAACUGCCAGUAUGUGAAGGGGGAAUACUCAGAGAAGAGCUGGGAGACUCAUUUGGCUCAAGCAGAGGUUACAUGUCAGGACAAGGUCAUAAACUGGGGUCAUAAUCAUGGAGAACCCUGAAUGCCAGGCUUAACUGCCUGAACUUUAUGCUAUAAGCCUUUUGAACAGAGAGAAAACAACAUUUGAGGAAAAACUACAAAUGUGGGAUACCAUUGAAAACUAGUCAUCUCUCAUAAGGAGAAAAGUUUCUGAGCUUUGGGGACAAAUGUGGGAAUUGGAAGCAAAGGUCUGAUACAAGGUACAAGGAAUAUUUAGAAUGUUGCACCAUCUCUUUCUUUUGUCCUUCUAAUGCACAUGGCUCCCCUCUCCAUCUUCCAAGUUUCCUCUUCCCUCAUUGAUAUGCGCUACCAAUUUCUGCUCCCCUAGAGUUCCUGUCAUGCCCUUAACAGGUGCCUGAUCACACCUCCAGGCCCUGCCUCUGGGCCAGCGGAGCGGAAGGAAGCAUUUGCUCGGAAGCAACAUGAGCAAAUCCCCAAAGGAAAAGACCUUUCUCUCCCACCGUUUCCACCAGCCACUCCCACCACGGCUGAGAUGGGGCAUGAUUUUCUGCUACGUGAAACCCAGAAACAAUGACGAGUGUGCCUCAGUCUCCAGUGUGCCUCCAGCCUUCCACUUCAGUCCACAGCACUGUCUGCACCUCAAGAACCAGUAUUUGAAAAAUGCUGCUGCAAACCUUACCUUCUCUCAGGAGGUGGUGAGGCAGCGAGGGCUGCCUUGCAUCCCUUAUAACCAGUACAGCUUUGACCACCUCUACGAUGUAGACAACAUCAUCCAGUCUCCCAAGAUCAGGAAGGCUGGACCUGAGAAACCUGUCAGCUUCAAGUUCUUGGAUUCCUCAGAUCCCUCAGCGGAGGUCACCUUCCAGGUUGUGAAGACAGAAAGCUCUGCCAAUCUUAAAAAGAAGCUGAAAAAAUCAAAGUCAGCAAGCACACUGCUGGAAAAACCUCACCCCCGCAUCUUUCGUCACUGCAGGGAAUCGUCUCUGGUGGGUCUGCCACCUUCUCCAGAUGUGGACCUUGGAGAGAGGGAAGCCUGGCUCCCGCCUCUCGAGAAGGAGGCCAGAGCCUGGGAGGCUCUUGUGCUGGAAAAGCUGAACAAGCGCACAGCGCGGUGGAUCAUGAACAAGCGUCCUCUAAGGCCUGGGGUAUCCCCCAACAAGUGGCAGAGCUUCCUGCAUCAGCAGUAUGACUGGAGUCACAUCCGGGAUGAGCUCACCUCCGCCAGUGACCUGGAGCUCCUAGAUAAGCUGGAGGCAGAAGAAGUAGCGGAGUUUGAAGACAAAAGUAUCAUUUUGCCUCAGCAAGAGAAAGAGAAGCCAGAGCUGCUGCUUCCUGUUUACUACAGAUUGCCUGAUUACUUGCCACAAGUGCAGACAGCUGAAAUAGUGCCUGGCAACAAUAAGACUGCUGAGGCUGUCAGUAGAAAGAGGACCAACUACCAGUCCCAAAACCAGAGCUACUUCCGCCAAGUGAAUCCCCGAGCUGGAAAGUUUGCUUACUCCACGGACAACACCUUUGAACAGGAGAUUUACUUUGACAAUGUCCAGAUCAUCCAGAAGGCUGGAGCAAAGGGAGACCAAAUUUUCCUGGAAAACCUCAAUCAGUACAACAAGCAGCUGCGUAAGGUCUUCCCUGAAACUCCAGAAAAGUGGAGCUCCCAGUCAAUUCCUGAAGCAUCUUGUAGGCCCAGGAAAGGAGGUAUACGCUGGGCUGCUUUGCCCAUCCCGCCCAAGGAUCUGUUGCUGCAAGCGGGUGAGAAGGACAUGUACACUAAGUCCAGGAGACAGCGGAAGCAGGCAAAGUCACCGAAGGAGGAUGUGACCUGGGAACUAGUGGUCCUGCGGAGGAUGCUGCAGGAAUGGAGGACUGCCUGGUCUCUGAUCAUCAAGUGGCACCAUGAGACAGUGGAGGGCCUGCAACGGAACUUGACAGACAUGCAUGAUGACAUCCGGAUCCAAGCCAUCAUCACGUGUGCCACGGCAGCUUUGGAGCGGCCCCGGAUGGCUACCAGCCAGGGGGACUCAGAUGUGGAGACUGUGAAUGACCCACCUAUCCAGGACUUGCCAGAGGUGCUACAGCCCGCGCUGAAGGCUGCUCUUUGUGACAAGAAUGCCAAUGUACAGAUGGCGGCAGCGGUAUGCCAAUAUGCCAUACAGUCACAUAAUACCCUUGCCCGGGACAUCAUGCAGACUGCCCUUUUGAAGGGUAAUAUUGUGGACAGCUGGGCUGCAGCGCAGUGCUUGGCUCUGGAAGGUGAUGCCACUUACCCCGUAAUUAAGAGGAUCCUCAAUCAACUGUUUAACAAGAAGGACGAGGACACUGAGGACCAAUCCUGUAUUCUCCUGAGCCAUCUCAGCGGGAAGACAACCCUGAUACACACCAUGCUUGCUGUGGAGCUGAACAGCCGUCAAUGGAAGGACCGGAUUGUUGCCUGCCGGGCUCUGUCCCGGAUCAGUGGAAAUGUCAGUUUGGAUAUGAAGCAUAAGCUGAUUGAACUGAUGUGGAGCGACUGGAAUAAGAAAGUGAGACAAGCAGCUGCCCUAGCUCUGGGGCAAAUGAGCCUUGGGAAAGAGGUACAUGACAAGAUCAGAGUAAAGCUGGGUCAAGGAAACUCACAGGAGCGUGUGGAAGCCCUCUCCCUGAUUGGUGGGCUCAAGCUCAUGACUCCCAAGCUUCUCCCAAACUUCCUCAACUGCUUCAAUGAUGACUUUGUGGCAGUGCGGCGGGAAGCCUGUUUGGCAGCUGGAGCACUACAGAUCCGUGACAAGAUGGUGCUUGAAUGCCUCCUCAAUCUGAUGCAGAGAGAUCCUUACUGGAAAAUCAAGGCCUUUGCCAUUCGAGCUUUGGGACAGAUUGGCCUAGUGAGUCCCCAGCUGACAGAUCUCCUGCUUUGGGCUAUCCACUACGAAGAAUCACCUGGUGUACGACUAGAAGCUUGCCGUAGCAUACUAGCCCUUAAACUUCAAGGUGACCAGGUCAGGGACACCUUCCUAGACGUGCUGCUCCUGGAGAAUCAUGAUGCUGUCCUAAAGGAAAUUUACCAGGCAAUGAAGAUGCUCAAUUUAGAAAAUGAAGGAAACCAAGAAAUGCUUCAGGAGAUCAAGAACAGGAUUCAAAUGCUAAGCCAAAAGGAUUUGCUAACGCAGAAAAUAUUCAAAAUCGAGGUUGUCAUAGGAAAAGUGAAGGAGGAAGCAAAACGUGUUUAUUCACCACCCAAAGAGGGACAAACACCACUGAAAGUCAGUACUCUUCUCCAAGAAACUUUUCAGGAUGAGGUGGUUAUUCCCAGAAGACCGUCUGAGGUUUGUGACAUUGAAGCAGUCAUAAAGCCUGUGAGGCCUCGCACACCAAAUCCCUGGUCACAGAGUUCUGUCGUGGUCCUGAAAACAAGAGGCAGAGAUCACCCACCAAUUGUCAAAGAUCUACGCACCAUCCGGGAAAAAAGACUUGCAAUGGGGCCAUUUGGAUUUCCAGACAGCUCUGCUCUCUAGCUGGGUAAAUCUUCUCAGAGAGAACUCUUUUUUUUCACAAUGUCAUAUCCUCCCUCCCUGGAAAAAAAAACUGCUCGUUUCUAGGUUGAGCCCUUCUCUUGCUCCAAGGUCCAGGCAACAGUGCACCUGGCCACUUUCUGUCUCCUUAAUUAAUAUUAUACAGUCUCUGUGAUCACUAUAUUUAUAAAGAAAAGGCUAUUUAAUAGUAGACCUGAUUUCCUUUAUGCGCUGUUUACACAAAGGGUUAAAGAAAACUGAUUUGUUACAAUCACAUUAAACUGAAGGAAAAAAAAAAAAAAAACUCUUUGCUGGCCAGUUGAUCAGUCGGAGUUGCAUAGCGACCCUACAGGACAGAGUAGAACUGCCCCAUAGGGCUUCCAAGGAGCACGUGUUGGGUUAGAACUGCCAACCUUUUGGUUAGCAGCUGUAGCUCUUAACCACUAUGCCACCAGGAUUUCCACAAU